ACGUGUAACAACAUAGUACAAAUACAGAUGACAAAAGUUUCGAGCUUUGGCUAAAUGUGCAAUUCCCCCAAGAACACUUUUUUAGCCACCAUUUAAAUUCCAUUUUAAUAUUAAAUUAAUAACAACACUGUCCAAAUGCAGACAUACAUACAUCAUACUGUAUCUAUAUAUAUAUAUACUACUGUAUACACACACACCUCUUCGCACCGUCACCCUUAUUUCUCCGUCUAGAAAUCUCCAUUUCCAAUUCCCCCCCUCCCUCUGUACACUCUCCCAUCUCCCCCUUUCUCUCUCUAAACUCUCUCUCUCUCUCUAAACUUUCUCUCUCUUGCUGUUUGCUUUAGUUCUCAUCAACCAGGUUGCGUAAAUAAAAAGUUUAAAUUAGCCACCUUUUUUAAUUUCUUGAAUAAUCAUGGCUGUUUUUGCGGUGGGCUUAGUGUUUCUCUUGGCUUUUGCAGGCUAUUCUGAUGCAAGUUAUUGUGUGUGCAAUAAUGGGUUGAGUGAUGCUGUUCUUCAGAAGAACAUAGAUUAUGCAUGUGGAGCUGGAGCUGAUUGCUCAGCAAUUCUGCAAAGUGGGCCCUGUUUCAACCCUAACACCGUCAAAGAUCACUGCAAUUACGCCGUGAAUAGCUACUACCAGAGAAAGGGCCAGAUUCCCGGCAGCUGUGAUUUUCAGGCCACUGCUUCUGUUUCAACAGUUGCCCCUAGUACAACUUCUGGAUGUGUGUAUCAAUCUACUCCUAGCACUGGAGGCAGCACCACACCGGUCGUCGGAGGGACUCCAGCCAUCGGUGGGACGCCAGCUGUCGGCGGGACCCCAGCCUUCGGUGGGACGCCAGCUGUCGGUGGGACCCCGACCAUGGGUGGGACCCCCAUGACUCCAACGAUGGGCGGCGGGACCACCAACCCCGGUUCAACAAUGACUCCAGGUUUUGGCCUUGGACCAACCGGAAGCGGAUUUAGCAACACGGACAGCAGUGGCGGCGCGAAGGUGGUGCUAUCCCGAAGCGGUGGCACGUUUGCGGUCCUCGGGUUAAUCUUGAUUACCGCAAUUAGAGUGUAAUUAAACUACCACUAAAUGAGUUUGGUUUUGUUGGGCAUAUAUGUUGGAAUAUGAUUCUAGAAGAACUCCACUAGGGUUUCUUUUCUGUUGUGGUGGCAAAAAAAAAAAAAAAGAAGAAGAGGGGAAUUGGAUUCCCCUGUUAGUGGUAACAGAAUAUUCUGCUCUCUGCUGUUUAGAUAUUUUUUCCUUUGUGUACAUCUGGAUAGAGAGGCAGGAUUAAUCUUUGCUUUAUUUUAUUUUAUUUCAUUUUAUUUUAUUUUUGGAAAAUUUAAAUGAUUUUGAUACCCUGAA